AUGGCAGACUCAUUCUCCUGCAACAACUGUGCUGACACUGAGGACUCUAAAUCAAACCUGAGCCUCUCUGUGGGCUACUACCCCAAUGAGGACACAUUCUCCAAUGAAAAUAUAGCCUCCUGGGAAGACACACCCUCCCACAAUCCCUCAAUCCAUUUUGUCCCUACUGAAAGUAUAGGGAGACUCAUGGAGAGACAAGACCAAAUUCAGAACAGCACAGAGCAGUUUGGCAAACUUGGCAUUCCCCUGGCCUGGGAUGGUGGUAACCCUUCAGACUCAAUCGUUAAUUGGGAUCCAUAUGGAGACAACCUGUGGAUAGAUCCUGAAGAGAAGACAAAACUGACUCUCAGCAAACUGCACAGGCUUGAGCAAUUUUUAGAAAAUCAGAAAGAUGAAGAAGAUGAUGAGUUUAUAUUCCCUGAAUUUGCUCAAAAUGAGUAUUUCCAGCUGCCCAGCAGCACCCCUCCACAUGUGGCUCAGACAAUAGGACAGGCAACUGGCAGACAAAGAACAAGUACUAUAGAGACCUGCUCAAUCUCGUCAGAUAAGUCGAAGAAGGAGGACACUCAUUCUAGUACACAACCCCUCUCCUUCCUCAACUUCAGGUGGGUCUUCCGCUGGCUGAGGCAGCAGGUCCUCUCCUCAUUUGGGGGAAGAGGGCAUCCCAAGAAGGCUCCCGAGAACCCCAAUAAGCUGACACAAAGGAAAAGACUCUGUCACAGAAGCAUGAAAAUCCAACCUCUAGAACCCAUUGAAGGAGAAUACCCUGUAUCACCAAGUUUUAAAACUUUUUAA